AUGGAGGCGAGAGCCUCAGGAACGACAGAGGACGCUGGUGGAUUUCGAAAGCCCAGAGGAUGGAUAACGCUUUCGCUGCAGGCAGAAACAGCGCCCUGUUUUAACUGGUUCGAUAAACGGGUCAAAAGAAGACGGGUGUCAGUGAGACAAUGUGCGAGAAAGACGAAAUGGCAAUUCACUCCCUCGAUCGUCAUCUUGAGCGGUGGGUUGAGCACUUCCAAGAACGUUUCAUCUGGUCUCCUUCAACGCAACCGCUGGAAGAACCAAGUGGGCCCGAAUGGAACAUUAACACCAACCCACCAUAAGCAACCGGAAUCCACGCGACAGGGCACCUGGCCCGGAUGGUGUACACCCCGCACUCUUCAAAGAAGGUGGAGAGGUCCUGAUGAACAAUCUGACAAACACUGCAGAAGAUUUGGAACAAAAACAAUACCGGCCGAAUGGAGCGCCUCGACCGUCAUCCCAGUUUUCAAAAAGGGAGCAAGACCGUCAUGUAAAAACCAUCGUGGUAUCAACCUGGUAUCGGUCGUAUCUAAAGUGCUCUCUGGCAUUAUUUUGCGCAGGUUUUUGGAUUAUCGGGAGAGACAUAUUCGUGAGAAUCAAGCUGGGUUUCGCCGUGGUCGAGGAUGCAUCGACCAUAUCUUUACCCUGAGACAAACUCUUGAACAGCGCCGCCCCUCAGACAUCCCACGUAGUUGUGACAAGGCGGAUGGAAGCAUUACUGACGAAGUGAACGCCAGGAUUGUUAAAGCGCUUUCUACUUCCUUUCGAGUUAGGCAUCCCUGGCGUUCAAGUAACAUUAGGUUGCCAGUAAAAGACGGGAUCUAUAGCGUGCCAAUUUGUCCAGCCACAGAACGAAGGCAGAUGGAGAGCGUCAAGACAUUGUACAAUGCUUUGUACAAACUGAAGCAAAAAGUGCAAGAUUUGGUGAUUAAACUUGAAACACAGGGAGAAAGUUGUGAUUGGCCCCGAUAUUUGAGCACAUUAGCUUUAUGUGCGUCUGAGCUAAGUGAAAUCCGGAAAGUCUUGGAAUCGGACCGCUUUUCGAGUGAACAUACUCUAGCCUUGACGCCGAUGCUGCUUAAUCCGGAACCUGACCCAACAUUAGCCAAAGCAACUGAGGACCGCCUGGCGUUGUUUAAUCAUGACACUGUUCCGCAGUAUCUGCGCACUAAAUUGGACCCUAAGCUGGAAUCUCAGUGUCUCGCACAAUCCAGUCGAGCUUCUGCAGUGCCUUCGGAUCAACUGACCAAAUUAAUCAACCAAACCAACCGUGCAGUGGAUGCGAGCUUGAAGGAGGUGUCCUUGCUUAAACAAGAACUGGAAGCUGACUUUUCGGACAGGCAGAGCAAAACAACAGGCAGUGUGGAGGACUUCAAUGCACUCCUUAGUUUAGUAAUCAGUGGGAAGGGUCUGAAUACAACACAUUGAUACUACAUCUUGUAUAUCUAUGUACAUAUUUGCCUUAUUAUUUGAAAUGGAAAUUUUUAUUUUGUACUACCUUUAGUACGCAAUACUUUUGUCGUACUUUGUCUGACCGGUGCAUUCAUUGAUCUCGUUCAAAUACAUCUCACGCAAC